GUGUGUGUUGAAUUUUUCGUGAAUGUGCGAUGAAUCCAAAACAUUUAAUUCCUGUGUUAUUAUUAUUGGAAGAAGAGGAUGAUAGUGAUAUUGAGGAUUUAGUUCUACUUUAUUACAUUACUUUAUUAAAGAAACGUCGAAGAAGACAAAGAACAUUGGCAUAUAAGUCGAGAUUAGCUAGAAUUCUCUUUUCAGAGUUGCACACUAAAAUGGAAUCAGAUAACGAGAAAAAUAAGAAACCAAAAAAGAAGAAAACUACCAAGGUAGAUAUGAACUCUACCGCGUAUUUAAGACAGAAGGAAAAAGCUAAAUCUAGGAAGCUAAAAUAUUUAAUGAAUUUGACAGAAGAGCAAAAAGAAAAGAAAAGAGCGAAGGAUCGUGAAUAUCAUCAUAGGAAAAAAGCAGAAUCCAAGAGGAAAUCUAUAGAAGACAUGUCGGAGGGGGAAAAGGGGAAACAGAGAACUCUUUGGAGGGAGUACUCCAAAAAGUAUAGACAAAAUAAAAAAUCUAAGGGACGGACUGCUUGCAGUACCGAAAAUGAAAAAAAUGAAAACUCGAUGCAAACUUCAACUACGAUGGAGACAGAAAAUGAGAAUAGUGAAAACUUGCAAAUGUCUACAACUACUGAGACAGUGUAUUCAAGAUCGCCCAAAACAGAUGAAGCUUCACCAGCAGCCGGCCCAAGUAACACAACUAACCAUGUUACGAAUGACGAAACAGUUUAUAUUAAGAAAGAAGCAGAUGACAUGAACACGGACGCUAUAUAUCUAAAUGAUAAAAUUGAAAUUAAGAUUGAACCAAUAGACGAUGUAGAAGUAACGAGGGAAAAUGACCCUUUGCAAGAAUCGACACAGGAAUACGAUGUUCCUAUUAAGAAUGAAUACGAUGACUCGAUUGAAGAAGAAGAUGAGACCCUGAAUGUGAAUAGUACAGUUGUUAACAUAAAAAAUGAGUUUAAAAACUCAAAUUCAAAUCAAAUAUAAUAAUGCGGGGGGCGCACAUGAAUGUACAAUAUCCUUCAAUUGAUAGUAAGUCGACAGUCCCCUUAAACGAAAACAGUAAUCAAAAAUAAUUUGACGGAUGGUGGAAACGAAAAAGUAUGACCGCAAUAAAGCUUAUUGGGUUUUAAGAAUUACAUUUCAAUAUCACCUCCAUCGAAAUCUAGAUCUUGGAAGAUGAGAUAGAUUUUGAAUCAAUUAAGAUUUCUUUAGGACGAUGACGAUAACGUGAUUUUUGUUCGUGUUAGAUAAGAAGCUACCCUCAAUGUAUUUUGGUAAAAAUAUCACAACUAUAAUGCAAAGCAACAAGCUGGCGAUUUGGGAAGGUACGCCGGACGCAAACCAUAGUUUGCCGAAUAGUGAGAAAUUAGCUUCGAUGCGUCUUUAGUACUUAUGUUCAGCAUCUACCUUCAGUCGUCGAUCUGUUAUAGACUGAUUUAAAUUGUACUCAUGUUCCGUAAUCGGUACGAAUUUAUGUUUUGACUUUUAUAAUGAUGUAAACAUUGCAAUAAUCCCAAAAAUAACAGUAACAGGCUUACCGUUUUGUGCCACUGGCAGUAUACAUAAGAGCAUUUAUUAGUUUUCCUGAUUAUAGGCUAAGAUAUGUGACAAUUUAUAAUGUUAUUUAAUACAGUAAGUUUAGAUUAUCUCUAAAAGUCUAAAUUAUUGAAUCUCUAAGAUUGCAGUUUAGUUUUUCUACAUGCAGUUCAGUUCUUUCUUGAAUAUUUAAGAUUCUAUAUUUGUAAUGAUUCGCUAUUGUAUCAUAAGUGAUUUAUAACGUCUGAUUAAUAUUAGUCUAUCAUUAAAUAAUUAAAUUAAAGUUGAACCUUU